AUGCUUCACUGUCGAUAUGAAAGGGCGUCAUUCUGUAAUGACGUUCAGUGGUUCCCCAUCCGGAGGGGGAAAAAGUCUUCACAAGUCAUUAUUCUGGUGUCAGUGACCUCUGAUCUGCCUGGAGGCUUGGAGGAGGUUCUGCCAGCUCUGCCAGCUCCCAGAUGUGAUGAGUGGUACUUGUGCAGGUUGACUCUGAGCAUGCCCAGUCAGGCUGACCUGCAGUGGGGGAUGUUUCCGUCGCCUUACCUGGGCGCCGUGGGUCCUGAUGCCACAUCUGGCUCUGUGGUCUACCGGCUGUCAGCGAGACAACGAGACGGCGCGCUGGGACAAGCUCAGUUCCUCCUACUUGACGGUGGUGAGGAGUGCUUUGAAGUGGACCGUCGCUCUGGGCUGAUUAGGACCACAGGACGACCUCUGACCCCCAGCAGGGAGUACCAUCUGCGGGUCCAGGCGGUGGACGGACGAGGCCGUAAAGGCCCACCAGCCACUGUUUCCAUCCUUGCUGGAUACCGACCGCCACAGUUUACCAACUCCACCUACAGCCUGAACGUGCUGGAAAACACGCCUGUUGGCCAACCGGUUGCUGUGGUUCAGGCUGUCUCCUUCCAGAAGAAGAGUCUGUCCUACAUGUUACUGAUUAACCCCGGAAACCUGUUCAGCAUCAACCAGGAAAGCGGCGCUCUGAGCCUCACCCGAUCGGUCGACUACGAGAGCGGUCACAACCUGCACACCCUGCAGGUCCGAGCCUCUGAAAGCGACACCGGCCUCAGCGGCGUUGCAGAGGUCAUUGUCCACAUAACGGAUGAGAACGAUUGCACACCAGAGUUUCUUCACUCCAUCUACACCAGAGAUAACAUACCUGAGAGCGUCGCACCUGGAACCUCACUACUGCAAGUUCUGGCUCGCGACUGUGAUUCCGGUGUGAACUCCGAGAUCUCCUACUUCAUCCCGAGUGGCGAUUUUGACAUCACAUCCGGGGGUGUGGUCAGCCCUGCCCGUCGCCUGGACUAUGAGCGGCCCAAUCACAUCUACGAGUUUGUAGUUGUCGCAGUGGAUGCAGGGACGCCUCCUCGAACUGGGACAGCCUCUGUUCGUGUCCGUGUGGCUAACACCAACGAUGAGGUGCCGGUCUUCUCCCAAAGCGUCUAUAAAACCUUCCUCAGUGAGGAUGCUGGUCCCGACACGCUGGUCGCCAUUGUUCACGCCAAUGACCCUGAUGGGGACGGCGUCUCUUACGCCAUCACAGGUGGCAAUGAGGACAGCAACUUCCAGCUAGACAACCAAAAAGGCAUCAUCAAGCUGCGACGGAGCCCACCGCCCAGACUCAGGGGCCCGCAAUACGUCCUCAACAUCACCGCCACAGAUGACAAUGCUUCUGGUGGUCCCUAUCCACUCAGCAGCGCCGCACAGGUCAUCGUUGGGAUCAACGACAUCAACAACAACAAGCCUGUGUUUGAUGAGUGUCAGAACUACAAUGCAGCGGUUCUGGAGAACCAGCCGCCAGGGACGUUCGUGCUCCGCGUGGAGGCUCACGACGCAGACAUGGGGGUCAACGGAGAGGUCAAAUAUGGCAUCAUGCACAGAGACGGUGUGUCGUCUGGGUUUGAUAUUGAUCCUCACACUGGUGUGAUCGCCACAGCAGUGAGUUUUGACAGGGAGCGUCAGAGGGAAUUCACGCUUUCUGUGACGGCCACCGAUCAGGCUGAAGAGCCACUGAUUGGCAUCUGUCAGAUCACGGUGCUGAUCCUGGAUCAGAACGACAACGACCCCAAGUUUGAAAACAGCCGCUACCAGUACUUCCUAAGAGAGGACACUCCAGUUGGAACUAGUUUUUUACGGGCGGCGGCACACGACGACGAUCAGGGGAGCAAUGCAGCCAUCACCUACUCACUGUCCAACCAGAAGCCAGCUUACCUGCACAUCAACCCCAACACUGGCUGGAUUUAUGUCAACCAUCCAAUCUCACAGACGUCCCGGAUCAACCAGCAGAUCUUGGCCUCAGACGGAGGAAACCGCAGCAGCUCUGUGGAGCUGACCGUCAUCAUUACCAACGUUCACAACCAGCCGCCCCUCUGGGAUCAGCCCGAAUACUGGGUCACUGUGCCGGAAAACACUGUCCGAGAUGCUAAAAUAGUGACCGUCAAGGCAACGUCUCCACUUGGCGAUCCCAGGGUGACCUACAAUCUGGAGGAAGGCCUGGUGCCAGAGACCAACAUGCCGGUGCGGUUCUACAUCAAACCAAACCGGGUGGACAGCUCGGCGUCGAUCCUGGUGGCCGAGAACCUCGACUACGAGAUGACACGCUUCUUCACGCUGAGGGUGCGUGUCCAAAACGUCGCAGCCGUGCCUCUCGCAUCCUUCUCCACUGUUUACGUCAAUGUGACAGACGUGAACGACAACGUUCCUUUCUUCCUGUCAUCCACCUACGAGGCCACGGUUCCUGAAGGAGCACAGAUUGGCACAUCGGUCGCUCAGGUCUCAGCGACAGACCUCGACUCGGGCCUGCAUGGGAUGAUCCGCUAUACGAUCCUGAAGGAUGAGAGCGGAGACUCUCAGUACUUCAGCAUCGACUCCCACAGCGGCGUCGUAGUAACUCGUGCUUCUUUUGACCGUGAGCAGAAAGCUUCUUACCUGAUCGAGGUGCAGUCACAGGAUGGCUCCGAGUCGGCCCGACCGGGCCAGCAAGGCCAGCCCAACACAGACACUGCCUACCUCAGGAUCUUUGUCACCGAUGUCAACGACAACGCGCCGGCGUUUGCCCAGCCGGUGUACGAGGUCAGUGUGGAGGAAGACAAGGAGGUGGGCUACGUCCUCAUCACUGUCACAGCCAACGACGAGGAUGAAGGCGCCAACGCUAAGCUGCGCUACCAGAUCACUUCAGGAAACGCCAUGGGGACCUUCGACGUGGAGCCAGAGGUGGGCACCAUCUUUGUAGCUCAGCCGCUCGACUACGAGAUGGAGCAGCGCUACGAGCUGCGGCUGGUCGCUUCUGACGGGAAAUGGGAGAACGAGACCCUGGUGGUGGUUCAGGUGGUCAACCGCAACGACGAGGCGCCGGUGUUCAGUCAGACGGAGUAUCACGCCUCUGUGAUGGAGGAGCUCACACAGCUUCCUGUGUUCAUCCUGGAGGUGUCAGCAACAGAUCCCGAUCAGGAAGCGGACCAGACUGCCCUCCGCUACUCCCUCCAUGGCCAGGGUGCCGGUGGUGAGUUCACUAUCGACGAACACACCGGAAGGAUCUAUGCCCAGCGCCGCCUGGACCGGGAGGAGCGCCCCGCCUGGAGAUUCCUUGUCCUCGCCACAGACGAGGGCGGAAUGGGGCUUACAGGAUUCGCUGAUGUGCUGUUAGAAGUCCGAGACAUUAACGAUAACUCCCCCUUCUUUCCGUGCCCCGCCCUAGAGGUAGACGGAUGCUUCAUUGGCCAAGUGCCUGAAAACUCCCCCGCCGACACUUCCAUCAUGGAGAUGCGUGCCAUGGACCUUGACGACCCAAAUGAAGGCAGGAAUGCCAUGCUUACCUACAGCAUCAUCAAGAACAUUCGCAAUGAGAUCAACCUCAACUUGUUCUCCAUAAACGCCACUACCGGGACUAUCUACACAGUUCUCCGCUCACUGGACCGGGAGACAGAAGACAAGUAUCUGGUUGUGGUGGAGGCCCGGGAUGGCGGUGGUUUGUCUGGGACAGGAACAGCCACUAUUAUGGUUUCAGACGUAAAUGACCACCCACCCAUCUUUACUCAGAGGGCUUACACCACUCAGAUGAAUGAGGAUCUGGAGGUAAACAGCGAGGUCCUUGUGGUCUCUGCCACUGAUGGAGACGAGGGUGAGAAUGCUGUUGUCACCUUCAGCAUCGUUGGCGGAGACGAGGAAAGGAAGUUCUUUGUUGAGACGGACAAAGUAAACCGACGUGGCGUGAUAAAGCUGAAGAAGAAGGUUGACUUUGAGAAACUCCAUGAGCGGACCUUUAAUCUCACGCUGAAGGCUGAAGAUGCUGACUUUUUCAGCCUGGCCUACUGUCUCGUCCAAGUAGAAGACUCCAACGACCACGCUCCCGUCUUUUUCCCGCAGUUCUAUGAGUCGGCUGCCAUGUCUGAAGACGUCCCAGUGGGAACGAUUGUCGCUCAGGUUACAGCAUCUGAUUUGGACUCUGGCCUAAAUGGACGCUUCUCCUACAGUAUUUCGAAGGAGUCCGACCCUUACAGUCAGUUCCUGGUGGAUCAGUCUGGUUGGGUGGUUGUCGCUCAUUCUCUGGACAGAGAAAAAAUCUCCCAGCACAGGAUCAUGGUUCUCGCAACAGAUGCUGGUAUCCCACCGCUAACUGGUACCGCUAUUGUUAUGGUAACUGUUCUCGACAUUAAUGACAACGGGCCAGAGUUUGAGGCUGCCUAUAAGCCUGUUGUUUGGGAGAACACUGCAGCUCCACAGGCCGUGCGAAUGAAUGAAACGUCCAUGCUUCUUCACGCCGUCGACCGAGACACGUCCACCAAUGGCGGUCCGUUCUCCAUCCGACUCCUGCUUCUGACCUCUGAUGCCACAAACUUUAACCUGACAGAUUUUCGGAAUGGCAGCGCAGCCAUCACUGCUCUUCGCAGCUUUGAUCGCGAGCGCCAAAAGGAGUACCGCCUUCCCAUUCUCAUGAUUGACAGCGGUUCUCCUCCAGUGAGCUCAACCAGCACGUUGACAGUUGUCAUCGGUGAUAGAAAUGACCAUCCGCACUUACCUGGACACACCCAUAUUGUUGUCUACAGUUUUGAAGGGAUUCUCCCAACAACAGCUCUUGGACAAAUUCAGUCCCCUGACCUCGAUGACUGGAGUGAGAAGGUGUACCGCUUCGAUGGCAAACCAACCAGGUUGUUCGGUCUGAAUCAGAGCUCAGGUCAGCUCAGCAUCAGGGAGGGAACUCCUCCAGGCACAUACCGCCUGCAGGUGCGUGUGUCCGACAGCACAUGGCCUGAUGUCAUCUCCACCGCUCAGGUGGAUGUCACAGAGCUGCACCAGGAGGCCCUGCAGCGAGCUGGCUCUGUUCGCCUCAACAAUCUUACAGUAGAGGGCUUUUUCCAGAGUAGCAGCGGAGGUCAGGGGAGUCGGUUUUCCCGUCUGGGGCAAAUGUUGGCUGAAAUCCUGCAGACGUUGCCAGAGAACGUCCAGAUAUUCUCUGUAGGCAAAGCCGACCAGCUGAGUUACAGAGCGCUGGAUGUCUGGUUUGCUGCACACGGCUCACCGUACUACAAGGCGGAGAAGCUUCAUGGAUAUGUGGCGGCAAACAAAGCCAAGCUGGAGGCCAUGUUGGGCGUGUCCGUCAGCCAGGUGGGCGUGGAUGGCUGUCCGUACACAGACUGCAGCCAGUAUGGAGGCUGCAGCAGCGAGGUUUCAUUCAGCCAGGUCCCUGUGGCUCUGAACUCCGGUAACGUCUCUCUGGUGUCGCUGUCGGCCUCGACGACCGCGCACUGUGGCUGCCGAGGGCGAGAGGCGACCCACCUGACAUGCUCUGCCUAUCCCAUCAACCCCUGUCUCAACGGAGGCACCUGCCAGGAUGGCCCUCUGGGAUACCGAUGCAAAUGUCCCCCUAUGUUUGACGGGCCGGAGUGCCAGCAGACCAAACACAGCUUCGGAGGUCAGGGUUACGCCUGGUUUCCUCCCAUCAAGCCUUGCUUCCAGAGCCAAAUAUCCCUGGAGUUCCUGUUCGAGUCGGCCAACGGGCUGCUGCUCUACAACGGGCCGCUUGGCCUCGUCCAGCCUGGGGAGCCGGAGGACUUCAUCGCCGUCGAGUUAAGGAACGGAGUUCCAGUUCUGAGCAUAAACCACGGAUCGGGAACGCUGACCCUUCAGCUCCCACCCAAAGCUACGAUCAACGACCGGCGCUGGCAUCGCCUGGACAUACUCAGCGACGGAAAGCUUGUGCAGCUGAUCCUAGACCAGUGUGGAGGGGUUCCUGUGAAUGAGAUGGAAGGUGUUGGAGGGGAGACCCGAGAGAUCGAUGAGUCCGACUGCAGAGCUGCAGGAGAAACACCCGGGAACCAGCGGUAUUUAAAUGUCUACCAGCCUCUUCAGUUGGGAGGAGUGAAGGAAAUGUCUCCGUACCGCCGUUACCGAAGUUUUACUGGAUGCAUCCGAAACCUGGUGGUGGACAGCCAGGUGUACGACCUGGCGAGUCCAGGUGAGAGCGUCGACAGUGCGCCAGGAUGCAAGCUGACAGACGGCGUGUGUGUGACGGCGGCCGGUCCUUCGUGUGGCGUUCACGCCUCCUGCCUCGCCGACUGGGGCUCCUUCAGCUGCGAGUGUCGUCCGGGAUACAACGGACACAAGUGUGAGAGAGCUGUGCAGGAGUUCUCCUUCGACUCGGACAGCGUGAUGCGUUUCCAGCUCAGAGGGGGCGGCAGCUCCCGUCGCACCAACAUCCAGAUGCUCCUCCGGACCAGAGCCACCUCGGGGACCCUGCUCUCCGUGGCAUCCCGGGACUCCAACGAGUACAUCAUUCUGGAGAUCAGUGACGGUCACGUCUCGGUGCGUGCCAACCUGGGAGACGGCGCUCACUCUCUCCAGCUCCCCGGUCACAGAGUGGACGUCGGACAAUGGGUCCUGGUCAGCCUCGGUCGCCACGACAACAGGUUUACCCUGCGACUGGAGCAGGGAGGGGGCUCCCGGGAGGUUCAGGCACAGCUGGGGAGCCGCAGGGAGAUUGUGGUUCAUCCGGCCAGCCUGAUGGUUGGCAACAGACCAAACGCUGGAGAAAAGGCUGACUUCCAGGGUUGCCUGCGGGACGUCCGUUUUAACGGACACAUCCUCCCUCUGGACGGCCAGAGCCGGGACCUGGUGACGCUGCUGGAGAGGCGGGGGGUCACCUCGGGUUGCUCCAGCGACGCAUGCAGAAGCCAGCCCUGUCGCAGCCCGCUGCGUUGCAUCGACCUGUGGAGAAAACACCAGUGCAAGUGUCCAGGCCCUCAGGUGACCGUCACCGAUGAGUCCGGUCUCCAGCGCUGCGUACCGUCACCCUGCAGCUCGUCCUCCUGUCGUAAUGGCGGCACAUGCCAUCCCCUGUCAGCCGACAGCUACCAGUGCCGCUGUCAGGAGGGAUUUAGGGGUCAACGCUGCGAGCUGGGGCAGGUCAAAGGUCAGAGGAUGGCUGCUCUCAGCCCCAGCUCCAUCCUCGCCAUCAGCAUGUGCCUGCUUGUCUUUAUUGUGGUUUUGGUGGCGGUGACUGUUUGGAAUCAGAAAGGCAGCCGAAACAAGUUCAGGAAGCGAGGAGUUUACCACAUCCCUGCUGAACACCAGAGCUGGGAAGACAUCCGAGAAAACAUCCUGAACUACAACGAGGAAGGAGGAGGAGAGCAGGACCAGAAUGCAUAUGACAUCACGGAGCUGAAGCGUCCUCUGUGCUCCAGCUUGUCCCAGUCGUCCUCCUGCACCACCGCCCCGCUCAUCAAGUCCUCCCCUGGCUCCCAGGAGGAGGUGCAUCCGUCCGGCUCCUCCUGCAGCUCCGGCGCCCCCUACCUCAGCAUCCCGCACCACCACCAUCACCACCACCACCAUCAGCACGCAGCCGGCGCCGGCUACAGCAGCGACGCCACCUACGCCAACUAUUCCUCCCACGUGGGCAGGGACACAGAGUUGAGUGACACGGGCAGCUGCGUCGACGCUCCGCCCGCGGCGCGCUCGCAUGUGGACUUCAAAAGCUACGUGGAGCGAAUCAUCUGGGAGGCGGACAACGACAGCGGUGCGUUUCCAGCCGACGCCUACCACGUCUGGUGCGUGGAGGGCUCCGGGUCGUCAGCAGGAAGCCUCAGCUCUCUGGGGUCGGCCGUGUCCUGCAGAAGAAUGGCUGCCGGGGACAAGAAGGAGGAGGUAGAGGAGGAGGAUGAAGGAGGUUUUGUGUGUGACAGGCUGUCACGGUGGGGGCCAAAGUUUCAGGCUCUGAGUGAGAUGUACGACCGGCCACAGCUGGGCCUCACAUACAGGGACGCGAUAGCCUACAUACAGAGGAGCCACAGCCAUGACCCGCUGCCUCAGCACCACUAGGGGGAGCCACUCAACCCCGACCACACAAUUCUACUUUGUUUAUGGGGUCUGGAAGUGCUGCAUUCACACAACGUCAGAAAACAAACAAGACGUUUUCAGGUUAUAUUCACUGUUAUGGUCCUGUCAGGGAUAUUUAUUCAGGGGAAUAAUGGCAGGGCAAUAUGGCUUCAAAAUAAAAUCCUUUUUUUCAUACCAGAUCAGAUUUUCAAUUUAAAUUUUUUUCUCACUUUGUUUCUAAGAAAAAGAAAUAAUAAUUCAAAAAAGUGGCUUUUAUUUCAAUCAUCUCUUCUGUGAGUUGUAAUACAGAGUAUUAGGACCAGCUUAAGAUAAUGUUUUGUUGAAUUAUGAGAAUAUAGUUGUAAUAUUGGCAGAAAAAACAAUUUUAUUAGACAUAACAUCUUAAAGUUGCAAGAAAAAAGUAAUUUUAGUGAGAAAAAAGCUUUGAUAAUUCCAGAGAUCUGACGUGAAUACCUCAGUCAGUGUGGUUCUCUCUUCCAAAUAUUCGGUUGUUUGAACAAUCAUUUCAAAGUCCUGUUAAUGAUAAUGAUUUGAUGCUGAUAUGUAAAAGAUUAAUUGUUUUAUUAAGUGAAACCGAUACAAAAGUAUGAUUUCACAAGAUGGUCAACAUUCCUCAUUUUAAUUUUUGGGUUUUUGUGUUGGAGUUCUUAUAAGAUUACUACAAUAUUCUCCUAAUAUCAUGGCUGUGAUCUUGUAAUAUUAUGACUUUAUUCUUGUAAUAAAGUCAUUAUAAAAUUGUGGCCUGGCUCUAAUAUUCUAUCAUAGAGUUAACCUGAGUUCAAAGUUCAGAUAAAUAGAUGCUGUAAAACACGCUUAUCUGGCAAAAUGGCAGCCGUGGGCGCACUGACAUCACUACGAACUAUGAAAACUCAAGGAGUGGUGAAAAAAAACAUCACAAUUUUCCAAAAUAAACUCAUCAUAAACCAAAAAUUUGAUUAAUCAUCCAGCUGUUAGUUGUGGUAUUUUAAGUCCCCAAAUCUUUCAAAUUUAAGACCAAACAUAAACAAGAAAACCAAAGAAACUAGUUUAUAAGUAACCAAACAGAUACAACAGGGCUCAUUUUAAAAGGGAUAAAAGACUAUAAAUGCCAAAUAUUAAUUCAGUUACAAAUGUCUAUAACAGACUUUGCUUUAAUUUGUUCAUAUUGGUGGGGGUUUUUCUUCAGAGUUAUUUGUGUAUUUUAGUUGAGUUUAAAUUAUGUUCUGGAAAAUUUUUAUCAGGGCUCAUCUGAUGUUGACGUGAUAAUAGCUAAUAACUUAGUUUCAUUCCUUCAGUUCUUAGGUUUUUUCUGCUGGAUGUUUACUUCUGUCUUUUUCUUGUCAGAAAUUUUUCCAUUUCCCGCUAACUAGCUAGGCUAGCUUAACGAGCAAAACAGCUUGAGAAAUUUGACUGAUAUCAGAAAUAGCAAAUAUUUGUUGUAUUUUAUAAUAAUGAUUGUAAAGCAAUUUAUAAUCAACUUCUAAUUACAUUUUAUUAUUUUUGCUUUUUCUUCCUCAUCUUCUUUUCAACGUUCAGAAGCCCCUAAAGCGCCCCCUGGAGGCUCCACCUUAAAAACCACUGAUAAGGAGAUGAAGGUCUAAGCUGCUCUAUGCAGCAGGUUUUAACAGCAGAUUUAGCUGCAGAACAUCUAAUCCAACAAAAAGGGUUUAGAUGGGAUGUUGUGUGAAUGCAGCAGCUCCUCUCCUGUGUGUUCACCAGUGUUGGGAGGAAUUCAAAGACACAUUCAAGGUCGGAGGUUCAUUGUGUCGCUUCUCCUUUUUUCAGAGAAGUUGUGAUUCAGAAGUUUGAGGGAAAAAAAAAGCACAGAAAACUCGUUACUGGUUCAUUCACCAACUUUACACUGAAACAUUCUUCCUCUUCCAUUAAAAUAUCUUCUUUGUUAUGUUGUUAUUCAAUUUGUAAGAGGCUUCUGGGUCUCUGUGCUUUGCUGUUUGCUAAAUGGGACUUUCAGGGUCAAAGAGUGUUUUCUCUGAAGCAGCACCACCAUCAAAUGAUGUGAGAAACUUUCAGUGGCUGGAGGUCAGAGUGGAAGAAUUACACUGCUACACUUGAAAUCUCAGAAAACAUUAAGGCCUUGAAAAUGACUUAAGUUGUUCUUUCACAGCAUUUUAUUUGAGAAUGUUUGGAUCGGAAAGCUUUUCCUUUGAAAUUUAUAUUCACAAUGUCAAACAUACUAAAUGUCUUUCCAAGGAUCUUUGCAGUUUUUUGUAAAUAAGCAUAGACAAACUUAGAUUUUUAAAUUCCCAUGUUUAAAAGAUGUGUAAACACUCAAAAAUAAGCUUUUAAUUUCUCUUUUCUACCUUCCUAUUGCACUAGAAGAGGAUUCAGUCUUCAUACAGGACAAAACAAUCAAUUUGAAACAACUUUUGUAAUAUUGGAGGGUAAAACACUUUUUCCACCUUGUGAAAUCAGCUUUACUGGUACAUUUUUAAAUAAGAUUAUUUUUCUACUCCCUUAAAGAAGUUCAUUGAUGAUCUUCUUUGAUGGUUGUUGGUUGUGCUCCGUUGACAUGCUGGUUACUUCACUUUUUCCACCCUAGAACUCACCUGUUUACAUUCAGAUUUGAUCUUCAAGCUGUUUUGAAUUUUCUAUUCAUUGAAACAAAAUCGUAGCAAACCUAGUUUUACAUUUAUUUGCAGUUGAAGAUGAACUUAUUAGUCUGCUUAAAUGCUUAUUGACACAAAUCUCCGUUUUGGUUUUAGCACAUCUAUCAAACAGACACUAGGUUGUGCUGAAGAGGAAGAGAAGAAAGAAUCUGCUGAGAUAAACGUGUUUAAAUGAAAAAAAAUAGAAAAAUGUGAGGCUGAACCAGAUAAAAGUACAAAUAAAUAAAUACAUUUUAGAAAUUGUUAACCUUCACAAACAUGUGAUUAAUAAUUAGAUUUAAGAUAAUCAGUGGGGAUAAUUAUUCAUACUUCUUAAAAUGUUAUUUAAAUAAACACAAGCUUUAUAGUUUAUAUAUGGAACCCUUGAAAUUUGAAUUCAUGACUUCUUGUUCCCAGGAGGUUUAAAUUUGAUGUGACAACAGAGCUCUUUUAUUUUAACUUUAGCUCUUUAAAAUGUGAAAGACAAGAAAACAUGUUAUUCAGAGCAAAUGUUGAUGUUGACAACAUCAACAUCAAUCUGUUUUUCCACUAUUUGAUGAAUUUAUUCACAGUCCCUUUAUUUAUGGUUCCAACAAACAUAAUGACCACAUAUAUGUAUAGUUUUUAUUAUUUUUAGCAUCUUUGUCUUGUAUAUUGAACUGUAGAAAUUGGUUCAGUUCUAAAGAAUGCUUAAUUAUUCUCAUAUUGUGAUCUUACACUUUAAAAGUCCACAUUUGUUGCAUUUUCUUUUUGUUUUGCUCUCAUCAAAGUUUGCAGAUACAAUCAAGCAAAUCCAGAGUUAGACAAAGGGACUGAAAAAAGCCAGGCUACUUCCAGCCGCCCUAAUCUCCUAUCGACCCUUCAGAGGUCAUUUAGUGAUCACUUCAGAGUCUUUUCACGACUCAGCGCCUGUAAAUUCAGCUGUUAUCUGGGCUGUGGUCGUUUGUUUCACCUACAUUAAAGCAGACGGUAAAUUUGUAGUCCUGAAAGUGAAGAGAUAAAGAGAAACAGAAAUAGACAACUUUAUCAGAACAAUUGUUUUCUGCACAUGACCUUUUAAAGUUUCUUUGCUAUCAAAACAAAAAUGGGUGAUUAGUUUAACCCGAAUCUAUUAUCUACCACCUGGUUUUCAUUAUUCUGUCUGAUGAAUGUAGAUCUACGUGGAGAGGAGGAGAAUCAGAGUAAAAAGGUUUAUUUUAAACUAAUCAACUCAGAUGUCUGCUGCCAAUUCAAGGUUUCGUGACACAGCCACACUCUCCAUUGUUCUAUUAAAUCUUAUUUUGCAUUCAGAUGUCAGGUUUGUUUUGUUGUUUUUUUGUGCAGCUGCCAGUAUGAAUUAGUUAAAGUUCUUUCCUUCAGAUGGUGAAACAGGUUUUGUGUUUCUCUUCUGGUGCCUAAAGUGAAAUAGAAUAAAAGCAAAAUAAACCCUGAAAGAACUGUGCUCAAAACUAUGCAUCCAAAUGGAGUAACACAGGUGUGUGUGUGUGUGUAGGUGUGUGUGCGCGUGUGUGUGUGCAUGUGUUUUUAUAAACUGUUUAUGUGAAGCAGAUACUGAGUGAGUUUUGGCCUCUUCAGUGCUCAGUAUCUGUUGUAAAUCCAGAGCUUUUCGAGGCGGAGGUGUGAACGUGUUGCAUCAUUCCUGUAGGUUUAAACCGAACAGAGAUUAACCAUGUAAUAUGAUGUACAAAUAAACAUUUUAUAGCUGCCUAUCAUGAAUUAUUCCUUUUGUAUGUGACUUUUAAUAAAAAAUAAAUAAAAAUGCCUUUUCCCCAU